GCUCACUUUAAUAUAUAUUGUGUUGUUGUAGCUUCGUUAGCUGUCCAGCUAGGCUAGCAUAAUUAAAGCCCCACGCAACGUUACUUCCUCUGUGUGGGGAAAUUAUUUAAUUCAAAGACAUUUUAUUAGAUUUCCUAUAUUUAAUAUCACGUAACCCAGUUGCAUGUAGGAUGCAUUUAUCCAAUUGCCAUUCCUCAAAGUAGGUUGACUUCAUUGAUAUUGUAACCUAUAUAAAGGGUUAGUCAAGUCUGUUGUUAUUCACCAGGGUGGCAGCUACUAAUGUGUGCUCACUGUUGCUAAAUUACGGACUUUUAUUGGAAUUAAGUCCUGUUUUGGUCGAUUCAACGUAUGCCGAAUUUUCCAGAACUCCACCACAAUGCCAUAACCAGUGUUUAUACCCUUCGAUUGGAUCAUUUCCUGUCGUGUAUAGCAGGGUGUUACUUGGGUGACGGAUUGUAAAAGGGAGUAUGGUGCGUUCAAUAGAGAAUAGCACAUAUUGAGACUAGCUUGUUGUCGGUUCUGGAGACUGGACAGCUCCUCCCUGGACAGCUGCAGAACAUAACAUUAUAGCUGCAAGGACAAGUCUUUGUCAUGGCAUCCUACAGUGCAUCACUUCAUAACACAACAAGGAAAGUGAAAUGCGUUGCCAGUUUCCGGGUUUACGACCACCAAUGUUUUGUUUGAUACCGGUAAAGAAGGUUAUGUCCUGGAUGACAUCGCUGUCAGUAGCUCAAAAAUAACAUGUGUGCGUGUGUGUGUGUGUGAGAAGUAAUGAUCAUCUGGCAGCUACUGCCAGGACGAGCACCGCUCUGCUGUGAGAUGUGGGUUUGGGGUGCUGUCCGCAAUGCAGGUGCUGAAAUUGAAAGUGCCGUGGAUCGUAAUCCCUGCCGGAAAACACGUCGCAUAGGCUUUGUUUUUAAUGGCUGAACUGGUUCAAUUGUAGUUGUUUAUCUGUUUUGCCAUAUUUUAUAUUAUUAUUGACGUGGCAGACGUUUAGAUGUUAACGUUUUCUUAAACAUAAACGUGUGCUAGGAGUAGGUUGAUGUUAGUCUUAAAUGCAUUUACUUGCAGAAAAAUAUUGAAGAUAUGCUAAGAAAAGCGAUAGCUUCAUGACAGGAAGACUAGUGACUGCUUAGCUCUUGUUUAGGCUAAAGAUGGUAGCUAAUGUUUCAUGUUGCUGCAGUUCAUUGAUUAUUUAUGUUCUCUGUAUAAGGAAAUAAGUGGUUUGUGUAUUAGGAAAAGAAAGACAUGGGUCACACUGGUUUGACAUUAAUCUGUUAGAUUUGCAUUUACCCCCUUAAUUGUUUCUGAACAAAGGGAAAUCAACGUUAUUGUCUGUGUCUAAUUCACUAAAGUUGUAUACUCCUUUGUACGCGUGUCAUCUCCACGCUAUGUCAUGAGCCAUUUGUGGUGAGGUCAUGUCUGUGCAAAUAGAAAGCUAUCCAAGCUAUUCUAGAAAAGAGCUGCGAUGAGAUAAAUGCUUGCAGUGCAGGGUUUAUCGGAAAGACGCCACAUUGCUCAUCAAUAAUAGAUCAUCUCUUCAGCUUUUAGGAUGCAUCAUUGGUUCUAUUUGUGAUUACCAGUUUGUGUUUUGAUUAUCACAUGCUUUCCUUUUCCUCUGUAAGCCAUGAAAGAAAAAUGCCACACAGAAGACUGUGAAGUGUGUCCAGCGAGGUGUCAUGAGAUAUAUUAUUUAUGUUAAGAGAGCUGAUGAUGUAAGAGUGAGAAGCUCUGGGAUGUUUUAUUGAAGCACACUUGCGUAUGCACGGAGAAAGAGAAAAGGCUUUCUCCGCACUCAGAAGGGUUGUUGCAGGGAUCAAUGUGCUCUCAACUCUCCGCCCGGUACAGUUGUCUGGCAGAUGAUGAGGAUGUUACUGAGUGAUUGUAUCUCUCACUCUGAAUCUCUGAAUCUCUCACUCUGGAGACAAGGACAUCGAGGGGCGUGGAAGGUUGGGCCUCCUUGAGACUGCAAGCCUUCAUGCCACACCCAGUGUCAUUGUGUUCCACUUUGUUUUUGUUUUUGGUCUUUGUUGUUAUUUUACACUGCUCACUCUCAGAUCAAUAGCUUCAUGUCAGUGAUUGGUUGAUAAUUACAGCACGCGAAAAUGGAGUGCUCCUAUUUCUGGAUCAAUUAGGAUCAAUUAGCCUUUUUCUGCUACAGUCUGAACGUAGCAUCGACCCAGCUUUAGUAAUGAUGAUAGCGUACACACCUUUUCUGCAAAUUAAGAAAUGUGCAUCCUCACCUUUUCCUCAGCAUGUUUGCUAAUUGCUCAUUUUUACACUUGCUUGGUUAGUUGAAGUGCCAAAUGGCCUCCAUUGUGAAUGUGUUUGAUGGUAUUAUCCAAUGGUAAUGAAGUCGAUAUGUCAUCUAAAGCAGAUCUUGGCUGACAGAGCAAAGUGUGAGUACAUCCCUAAACCCAGCUGUUGAAAGGCGAAAGGGUGAGAGCUACCGGCCUGUUUGCCAGAUGGACUGACUUUACGUUUAUCGUCUUCUCCUUCUCUCUCUUGUUCUCUGUCUCUCCUUGUUUUCUGUCCACCUGUGUGUCUGGAGGUCGCAAAGUCUGGUGUGUGUCUGAACACUAUCAGCCAUGGCAUCAGCAAAUGUUCCACUGGAAAAUCAGCUGCACAGUGCACAGAAAAACCUGCUCUUCCUCCAGCAGGACCAUGCCAGCACGUUGAAGGGGCUACACGCAGAGAUUCGCAGAUUACAACAGCAAUGCACAGAUCUGACAUAUGAGCUCACUGUGAGAGGCUCUGAUCCCUCAGACAGCAGUGAAGUCCGCUGCAGGGAGCUGCAAAGGAGAUGUGAGGAGCUCGAGGCCCAGCUGAAGAAGAAGGAGGAGGAGAACACCGAGCUGCUCAGGGACCUUGAGCAGAAGAACGCGAUGAUCUCUGUCCUAGAAAACACCAUUAAGGAGAGAGAGAAGAAGUACCUGGAGGAGCUCAAGAUGAAGAGCCACAAGCUGGCUGUUUUGUCCGGGGAGCUGGAGCAAAGAGCGAGCACUAUUGCUUACCUAACCUCACAGCUUCACGCCACCAAGAAGAAGCUGUUAGCCGGCAGUUCGUCUGAGGCCAGCCCCAACGUUAGUCCGGUCACUUCAUACAAGCCCACGCCUCCACCGGCCAAGGACAGGCAACCUGAAACCCCACGGCGACGCAUGAAGAAGAGUCUCUCCCAGCCUCUUCACCCAGAGUUGACUGAGGUGUAUCGGCUUGGCCCGGACGGCCGGCGGUUGGUUCUGCGGGAGACGGUAGAUGCCAUGCCAGACCCCACGCCCUUCCUGCAGGCCGGGAGAGACUCUCCUGAACCACAGGUAGUUCGAGAACGGCCUGCCGUCAUCCCUCCUAUUGCCUCCGAGCGCUCCGCUAUCACUCCCCUGGGUGCUACGGCCAGCCCCCGACACAGCCCCGCUCGGGACCGUCAGUACAGGGCUCACGUGGGCGUGGCGCACCGCAUCCCACAUGGCACCCCUCCCAUGGCCCCACCGCAGGCAGAGCUGGAGACACUGGCAGUGGACCAGGUCAAGGAGGAGAAGGUUGUGCGGAAGCGCUCGGGAACCGACAGAACAGUUUAACACUGCAAUGUUAACAUGCACAUACACACGCACACACGCACACGCACACACACAUCUACUCUAAACACAAUGCAAGAGCAGGAAGGAGCCUGAUCCACUGUGUAGCCUGCUUUUUACGCAACACUGCAAUAUGAAAAAAGUAAAAGAUUAUAAUUUUGUUCAUGGUAUUCCAUAAAGACUUUUGUUUUUCUUAAUAUACAUUAGAAAAUGACUACUAUAAAGCAUGCCAAAUGUUUCUUAUUUUGCAACCAAUGAGAUCUUGUAUAAUACACAUCUUGACUUUCGCUUCGACUUUCUCCUCAUUCUGUCUCAUGUGAUGCAUACAACCAAUUCUCAGCCAAAUAUCUGCAUCAGUG